UAUCUCCAUAUUAUUAUGGUUUUUUGGUCAUUCCUUGCCGGAGUGGUCACGUUUUACUGCUCGCUUGGACCAGAGACGCUUCUUCCCAGUAUACUUAUAUCAAUAAAACCAAAGAGCAAGCAGCAGGAACAGCAAGAAUUGUUCCCUUUAGGUCACAGCUGUGCAGUUUGCGGAAAAAUCAAGUGCAAGAGACAUAGACCAACACUUCUUCUUGAGAACUAUCAACCAUGGCUUGAUUUAAAAGUGUCCUCAAAAGUGGAUGCCUCUCUUUCAGAGAUUCUUGAACUGGUCCUAGAAAACUUUGUUUACCCAUGGUAUAGGGAUAUUACAGAUGACGAGGCCUUUGUGGAUGAGCUUCGAGUGACGCUGCGUUUCUUUGCAGCUGUGUUAGUCCGUCGAGCUCAGAAGGUUAAUGUGCCAUCACUGAUCACAGCAAAGCUGCUGAAAGUUGCCAUGAAACACAUUGAAAUUAUAACCAAAGCCAGGCAGAAAGUGAAGAAUGCUGAGUAUCUCCAGCCGGCAGCUCUGGAAGAGUAUGGUCCUGACCUCCACAUCGCUGUACGCAGUAGGAGAGAUGAGUUACUCUAUCUACGCAAGCUCACUGAGAUGCUUUUCCCCUAUAUCUUGCCCCCAAAAGCCACAGACUGCAGAUCUCUCACUUUGCUGAUAAGAGAAGUCUUGGCAGGCUCAGUUUUUCUCCCGUCGAUGGACUAUUUGGCUGAUCCUGAUACAGUGAACCAUUUACUGCUUAUUUUCAUUGACAACUCUCCGCCUGAAUCUGCCACUGAGCCUACGUCAGCUCUGGUCCCAUUCCUGCAGAAGUAUGCAGAGCUGCGCAAUAAGAAGCCUUCAGUGCUGAAGCUGGAACUUAUGGAGAUUCGGGAGCAGCAGGAUCUGCUCUUCCGCUUCAUGAACUUUCUUAAGCAGGAAGGGGCUGUGCAUGUGCUACAGUUCUGCCUCACUGUGGAGGAGUUCAACGAUAAGAUCUUGCGCCCGGAACUGUCAGAUUCUGAGAAGCUAAUUCUACAUGAAGAAGUGAAAAAGAUCUAUGAAACCUACUGCUUGGAUGAGAGCGUUGACAAGAUACGCUUUGAUCCUUUCAUUGUGGAGGAAAUCAAAAACAUUGCUGAAGGCCCUUUUACUGACGUAGUAAAACUUCAGACCAUGCGUUGCCUCUUUGAAGCCUAUGAACACGUCCUGUCACUGCUGGAAAACGUCUUCACCCCUAUGUUCUGCCACAGCGAUGAGUACUUCAGACAGUUGUUAAGAGGGGCUGAAUCCCCAACGAGGAAUUCAAGACUCAGCAGAACUAGCGUGAGUUUGGAUGACAUCCGGAGUACGUCUAAACGUGGGGAGUCUUUUGGGAUUGGACGCAUUGGGAGUAAAAUUAAAGGUGUUUUCAAGAGCACUACGAUGGAAGGAGCCAUGCUGCCCUCCUACGGAGUGACUGAGGGAGAGGACGAUAUGGUAGAGGAAGCUAUGAUGGUCAUGGAAGAUGAUUUACCUAUGGAAGCUGUUAGCACCCCCAGCACACCACGAAACCUAUCUGCGUGGGGUAUCACCAUUCCAUAUGUGGACUUCUAUGAUGACGAGGUGAAAAAGGAGAGGAUCCCAGUGUACUGCAUUGAUGUGGAGAGGAACGACCGUAGAGCAGUGGGUCACGAAACAGAACACUGGUCUGUGUACAGAAGAUACCUUGAAUUUUACGUCCUCGAGUCUAAACUCACAGAAUUUCAUGGCUCAUUUCCAGAUGCCCAACUACCAUCUAAAAGAAUUAUUGGACCAAAGAACUAUGAAUUUCUUACAUCAAAACGGGAGGAAUUCCAGGAAUAUCUGCAGAAACUGUUACAGCAUCCUGAGCUCAGUAACAGUCAACUGCUAGCAGACUUCUUGUCUCCGCAUAGCAUGGAGUCGCAAUUCCUUGAUAAGAUGUUACCAGAUGUCAAUCUAGGGAAGAUUUUCAAAGCUGUACCUGGGAAACUGAUCAAGGAAAAAGGUCAACACCUGGAGCCCUUCAUCCAGUCUUUUUUUAAUUCCUGUGAGUCUCCCAAACCCAAACCCAGUCGACCAGAGCUCACCAUUCUCAGCCCCACAUCUGAAAACAACAAAAAGCUUUUCAAUGAUCUGUAUAAAAACAAUGCCAACCGCUCAGAGAGCACAGAGAAGAGGCACAAUCAGAACUACUUCAUGGAGAUGAUCACUGUAGAAGGGGUUUAUGACUACUUAAUGUAUGUGGGCCGAGUGGUGUUCCAUAUCCCCGACUGGCUACACCAUCUGUUGAUGGGUGGGCGAAUUCUGUUCAAGAACACAGUGGAGGCGUACACAGACUACUACCUGCAGUGCAAACUGGACCAGGUUCUCCAAGAGCAUCGUGUGGUCUCUCUGAUCACCCUCCUUAGAGACGCUGUGUUCUGUGAAAGCAGUGAGCCUCGAUCUUUAGAAAACAAACAAAAAAGAGCAAAGAAAACAUUUGAAGAGAUGAUGAAUUACAUUCCAGAUUUCCUUGGAAAAUGUAUUGGAGAGGAUGCUAAGUAUGAAGGAAUUCGCCUUCUCUUCGAUGGCCUUCAGCAGCCUGUGCUCAACAAGCAGUUAACCUACAUCUUACUUGAUAUUGUAAUUCAAGAGCUUUUUCCAGAACUGAACAAGGUACAGAAGGAAACCUCCCUCAUGGCUCCAUGGAUGUAGAGAAGCUUUCACCUCCCCAGCGUCUACAGCAUGAAAAAGUUUACUGUGUAAAAUACUCCUCUGGCUGCACUGAAUUUACGCUACAAGCACCUUGUGUAAUUUAUGACUGUGUUUUAACUGACUUAAUUAACAAAUGUAAAGCUUGCUCAGAUUCAGAGAAACUGGAAUACUGUAAAAUCUGU